CAGUGUAUGUGAAAUAUUGGAACAAAAAUAAUUUCUGAAAUGUCAUCUAGUUUAAUCUUCCAGCCUACGUUGUUUGCACUUAUUAUUCUCCAGGUGCACAGUGAUGUGACAGCUGUAAAUGGGAUGCUGGGUAGUUCUGUUACACGGCAUCAUGAAUAUCCUGACUUGGAACACCCUGUUCAUGUCUCUUGGAACAAGGGAAAGACUUUGUUAAAUAGCUGGACACGUCGUACCAGGGCCACCGAAGGGAUGCGAACUGUCAGAGGAAUUGUAGGUGACUGUGUUAUGCUUGAUCUGUACAAUUACGUGAACAGGCAUAUUCAUGUUACCUGGAAGAAAGGCAAUAAGCAAGUGGCCAAGAUGAAAGGUCAGCCUGUACACGGCUCUGGAACAUACAGAGAGAGAUUUCAUGCAUUCUCCAAUGGCAGCUUGAGUGUUUGCCCCAUGCAGCCGGGAGAUGAGGGUCAGUACACGGCAGAAGUGUUUGGUCAUGAUGGGGCAAGUUUGGGCCAUCAAAAAAUUCGGCUAGAGUAUAGCGGAAAUAGAACAGCACCUGUUCAAGAAGUAACAGGAAUUGUCGGCGGCUCCAUGGUUCUACCUCUAGCAGCAAUGGAUUGGAAAGACUUGGUCCAGAUAAUGUGGAAGAAAGACAGCUUGUUGGUUGCUGAGUUAAAUUACUCUCAGUCGGAGUCCGAUGGGAGAUCCACCUAUAGAUCUCAGAUCUUACCUAAUGGCACGCUCAGACUGGACAGGAUUCAGGAAAGUGAUUGUGGACGGUAUUCAGUAGAAGUGCGAGACAGAGAUGGGAAGAUUCUAUACCAGAGAACGAUUGAUGUGAAAGUGGAACCAGCAACGGUGGCCUCAUCAGUUAUCUCGCAUUUACUGUUAUUCACCAUAGUGGGAGUGCAUGUUGCUGUAUUCAUUGUUGUGUUGGGUUCAUUUAUAUGGCAUUUUCGAAAGUGCAGACGCAGAACGGGUCGCAUGACAAACCUAAGCUUCCAGCACGUGACUUUGGGCCAAAGUGGCUAUAACGAGGACCAUGUAGAAUGUGGAGAGGGAGACACGAGCAGCCCUGACCAAGAAGAGAAUGGAAAUCCAGCUUCACAGGAACCAGAGGCUGCAAACUCCGCUGAGCAAGAGAAUGAAGCUUGCAUUAAGAAUGCUAAAGGGACUGAAGUGGCAACAGCUGCAAGCUUUUACACCGAGCAACCUCUGACUUUGAAUAUCUCCACUUUCCAAGGGCAGGAAGGACCUAAAUCACAGCCCAGGCCUGUGCACGCUGGAAACGAUGUUGCCUCAGUUACUAAAGACUGUGUUCCUCUGAAAGGUGGGAACUAUAUUCCUGAGGAUGACAGGGACUGUGUUUCUCCAGACUUUGACAACUGCAUUCCACCAGACUUUGACAACUGCAUUCCACCAGACUUUGACAACUGCAUUCCGCCAGACUUUGACAACUGCAUCCUGCCAGACUUUGACAACUAUGUUCCCCCAGACUUUGACAACUGCAUCCCACCAGAUUUUGACAACUGUGUUCCCCCAGACUUUGACAACUGUGUUCCCCCAGACUUCGAUGACUGUGAUCCUCCAGAAUAUGAUGACUGUGGUCCCGCAGCCUUCAAUGUCUCUGGUCCUAUAGAUGGCAGGUACUAUACUCCUGGGAUCAAUAGGGACAAUAUUCCUCCAGAUUUUAGGGAUUAAGUCCCUCUCGACAUUGAAGACUAAGCUGAAGAUGGAGCUGAAUGAAGGGAGCAAGCCAGGGUUCUACUGCCAUCAGAUUGAAACAAAAUUUCCGGAGGACAUAUCUGAAGAUCUUCACAUUAGAUUUUACCAGGCCAUAUGUAGCAUGUGCCUGUUGAUGGUAUAACUGUAAAAUCUGACUGUUGGAUCCACAUGUUGUUUCUCAUCUGGUGAUGGGCCAACCUCCAAGUAGUGGAUAAUCCAAACUCUGUAAUGCUUAUCCAUUCCUUAUCCAAGUUAUCCAAACCUCUUGAGUCUGAAGAAUUGUACUGGUAAGCUCAAGAGAACCCAUCAUCGAUAGCACUGUAGUUUGCAGUCAUGGAUGUAAACACAUAGAAAGGAGCUUUGCUCGUUAUAUUUCAGCACUUCCACUUCUGAGCCCAGUUGCAUACCAAACACAGAAAAUAACCAAACACAUAUUUUGGAACCUCAAAAAAAGGUUUGGUUUCGCUUUUGUUUCUAAUAACAAGGGAUGGUUUAGAGAAGAGAAGGAUUUCCUAGUUUUAUGGACGUAUGUGCUCAUCCCCAAUCUCGAUUCUAGUCUUCUUCUCUGCUUAAUCUACAGGUGAAUGUGGGAAAAGGGGAAUAUCAAAGUCAAGAUGCCCCAUCUCAGUGGAUCUGAUUGCUCCUAGCAUGGCAUUUUGGGUCAAAUAGGCUGUAGUUUAAUUUAGUGAAGUUAGACAGAGGUUUAUCUCAUGUGUUGGUUUGUUUAUGAACAACAUAUCUGGUAAUUUAUUCUACUAAAGUCACAUUAAAAAAGGAAGCUACAUUGAACUUGAGCCUGGCUGGAGGCUGAACACAGGGUUAUUUUGACAAAAAGCCAUUGAAUCACUAGUGAGUUGUCUGAACUUUAAGCAUAUUGCUAUAAUUUACAUCCU